AUGGCCAUGGUGAGUCCAAGGUGGCGGCCGACUGGAGUGGAGACUGCCUCGCGCCCAUGGCGCAGCCCGUCCGUGGCGGCGGGCCUGCCGAUGCGGGGAGCUCGAUGGCCGGCAAUGACCGUCCUCCCGUCCGGCCGGACCGGGGAGCUUGGCGGUCUGCAGGAGCCUCUCCGCCUCUUAGCCUUUCGUGGCAGCAGCCAUGCGGAGCAUGGAGCUUGCAUAUAUUUUCAUACAAGCUGCCUUGAUGAUUACAUUGCCAAGUGCUACCAUGUUGAGGAGUUCAGAAAAACAUAUGAGCAUUGUCUUCAGCCGCUGGAGGGCAUGCCUGCAUGGCCAAUUUCGAACAGGACCAGGCCUGUGGCUCCAGGGCACAUUGCCAUGCCUGGUAGGAAGAAGAAGUCGAGGACAAAGGAACCAGAAGAGAAGCCAGGGAGCAGCAGAGUGAGCAGAGCUGGAACUACCAUUAGGUGUGGAAAAUGUAAACAACAAGGCCAUAAUAGGAAAUCUUGUGAGAGGAGGAACGGAGGUGUAGAUCCAACUAAACAAAUGCCUUCACAGCAAAGUCAUACAACCACACCAUCUACACAACCACCGGCUACACAACCAAGGGUUGUACCAUCCAUGCCUUCAAAGCAAAGCACAACAGCUAGUACAAAGAGUAAGGCGAGUACACAAUCAGGGCCAUCUAGUUCAAAGAGGCCAUAUAACAAGGGUAGCAAGAAAAAUCAUGGUUUGGUGCAAGGGUCGCAAGCAAGUUCAAGUGUUACUAUAAAUUUUUCAUCCGGAAAUGAAACUUCAAGAAACAAUGGAACCCAGCACCAGGGAAUUCUUGGCUAG